GCCGAUUGGCGUCCCUGUCCUUCCUUCUCCCUUUCCUCCUCCCAGUCACCAUCGCUCGCACACCGUCUCCGCUUGCCCCCGCCCUCCCGAUCCGUCCUCCUCUUCCUCUGUUGUCCUCCUCUCUAUUCCACGCCGCAAUCGGCCUCCAGCGCCGCGCCGCGCCGCCCUUCUCCCCCUCUUUCCUCGCGCCGCUGCCACCAAACCCGCUGCGAUUCGCCGUGCCGCGCACGAGGCGCGCCAGCGUGGUGGCACGCCUCGACGGCGGGGGACCUUUCGCCCCUCCCUGCGCCACGCGCCCUGGGCCUCCUGGCGAAUAACCUGGUGGGUACUCGUCGUCGCCGGAGCUUCUCAUGUUGGACCCAAGAUCCGAAAUCUACCCCACCAUAGAGUACCGCCCUCUCCAGCCCUCCGACCUCGAAGUUCUCGAGAAGAUUCAUCUCGCACUGUUUCCCAUAAGGUACGAGAGAGAGUUCUUCUUGAAUGCCGUCAAUGGCCAUGGUAUCAUUUCCUGGGGUGCUGUGGACACCAGCAGAUCGGAUGAAGGCAGGGAUGAGCUGGUAGGCUUCGUAACCACAAGGAUGGUUGCAGCAAAAGAUAGCGAGAUUGAGGAUUUAUUUAGGUAUAACAACUCGCACAAAGAUCUAACACUUCUUUAUAUCCUGACACUCGGUGUAGUGGAUAGCUACCGAAACCUUGGCAUAGCAUCUUCACUUGUUCGGGAGGUGAUUAAAUAUGCUGCAAGUGUAUCAAAUUGCAGGGGUGUUUAUUUGCAUGUCAUAUCUUAUAACCAGCCUGCAAUCAACUUUUACAAGAAGAUGCUAUUUAAGCUAGUCAGAAGACUACCAAUGUUCUACUACAUAAGAGGGCAGCAUUAUGACUCAUACUUGUUUGUGUACUAUGUCAACGGGGGCCGUACGCCUUGUUCGCCACUGGAGAUUGUAACUUCAUUUGUUGUUGACUUCAGGGCUUUCCUAAAGAUGCUGGUUGCCAAAAUCUGGAGCAAAGAGGAAAAAGGUAUCCCAAGAUGGACCCGUUGCAAGGAAUCAACCACCCUAUUGACCUCACAGAAUAAUAAAAGGAUCAUCAGUGGUGAAGAUACACGGUGUCACGUGUAAAUUUAGCUGCAGCGAAGAUGUUCUCUACUUGUUUUGGUGGAAACAUGAGUGGCUUGCAAUGUUGUUGUACCUUUGUGACAAACCAGGUAUAUAAAUUAUCAGUUAAUCAUAGACACGUUCAUUCUUGCGAAGAGUGCAGAAAUAAAAGAAGAAAAUAAAUGUCCCCUGCUUCUUGGAGCAUUUGAUGAUCAUGUACAUGUACAGUUAUGCAAUGUUAUGUCGAUUGAAUGGGA